AUGAACGCCGUACAAGAAGACGAACGCAGCACCGCCCACGCCUCCCAGAAGGACACGCCGCUUCCCCAGUCAGCAGAGGAACUGGGCGAUUUCCAAGAACGACUAGCACACGCUUCUAACGAGAUGCUAUCUAAAAUGGAGGACAUGGGCAGCAGAAUCGACACCCUCGAGCGGUCCAUCGUAGAAGUGCUGAAUCGGUCUGCAGGGGGGUCAAAGACGAAGGAUGGGACGCCAGCAGCGGAAACGCAGGAAACGGAGACAUCUGCAACGACGGAAUGA